AUGGCUUUUCGUUCAACCGAUGAAAUGGCAGACGCUCUGAAUGUCGAUCAACGACAUUUGGCACCGCCAAUGAUAGCGCCCGAUAGUCCACGACCGCAGAGAUCCGAGAAAAUUACUGGUGAGUUGUCGAUUUGCUGGUUUUUUUUUUUNCAUUUGGCACCGCCAAUGAUAGCGCCCGAUAGUCCACGACCGCAGAGAUCCGAGAAAAUUACUGAAGAGUCGACGCCAAAGGUUGCCAGGGUGGAACAGAUUAAACUGGAGACUGAUUCCAAACCGCGAAAGAAAUAA